UGACAGGCUAAGCAAGGACCAGAGAUCAAUGGAUGAUGAUCAGAGUGUCUUUACUUUCUAUAAAGCGAUAAUGCCGCAGUCAACAACAACAACAACACAUCUAACGAUUCACCAUAUUGUGUCUGGAUGAUUUAUUGUCUUUAUAUCAAUAAUCUCCUGUGCGGCAAUGGACUCCAUCUCUGGACUCUUCAAUCAGCUGGUUGACAAACACAUCAAUAAAGAACAACUACAAUCUCGACUCAAUCCAUCCAACACCACACUAGCCAAGCUUCGUCAAGCUCUACGUACCUCUCUCUAUACAACGCUCUUCUCUCAUCUAAACGGCCCUCUCCAGCAAGACGAUGUCAUUGGGGAUUCCCCUGAGUGUGUUUGGAAUGUUGUUGAGGAUUGUGAUGCAGUCACUGGAACCAAAGAGCAACUUCUUCAGGUUGUCUUUGAGAUGCGGCAGCAGCGGAAAUACGACAAAGCGCACAAACUUGAGAGACUUCUGUCAUCCUUACCAGAUGUAGACAAUGGCAAUCACUCUGAGCUGAAGGCUGCGAUACAGCUGCUUCUGACUCUGGCUGGUACCUGCCCUAAAAAGAACAAGGAUCUCCCUGGUGGUUACCAGGAACCAGACCUACCACUAGUGGAUGUGAAGAAUAAGGGUGAUCGUUCUGUUGUUUUACCAAGAGGACCCCGUUACCAUGGUGACAGCUGUCAUGUUUAUCAUCAAGGUUACCAAGGCUACAUCCAUUACCCCAGGGAGCUUUUUGAGGGAAAACAACUUCCACUUGUGAAGACAAAUGGGGAGGAUGCUGAAGAUGGUUACCACAGAAUCCUUGAGAAAAAGCUCUUUGAAGUUGAGCCGGGGAAGGAUCUUCUUGGCAAUGGCCUGUUUUCUCUGAAAGGUCUUCUUGAUGGUGAGCAUGAGAAGCAUACAAGAGAGACACUUUUUACUGGAUUGACGCACAGUAAGACCAGACAGCUCAACAUCAAGCUAAGCUUCCCUGAGCUUCCAGAUACUACCAACCAAGACCUACUGGGGCUGAAUAUACCAAACUUAUCAGAGCCGUCUGAUGAUGAAGGAUUCCAUGAAGCUUCCUCCUCCGUCUCUACCCCUGCCACUGAGGCAUCUAUCAAACCAGAGGAAGAUGAGGAGAAUAUAUGGCACUUAGCUCUACAGUACCAACCCAAUCAGCACUAUACAUGGGAGACAUUAGGCUGCCGACCACAAGUUACAGAGAGACCUUACCUAACCGAAGCAGGUUCCAAAGUAUUCGAUGAGAUGUACAGACUCCGAUGCCAGGAGGCCUCGGUUCUUGAUGCGUCGUUGCAGCGCCCUCUUGUGAUUCUACCCAAUCAGGAUCAGCUGGUGCGGGACAGUCUGAAUGUGCUCCUCAGCGUUCAAUCAGAAACAUUCAUGCUAAAUAAGGAAGCCCAGUGCUUUGUCAUCAAUCCUGACAUCUGCCUCACUGGAACCACCCCAGGCAGCCUUCAUCGACUCCUUGGAGAACUCGCUCAAGCCGGCACAGACCACCAUAGACUUACCAUCUUUGCCCAACAGAGGGUGCUAGACUCCACCUACACUGGUGGUCUGGUUCUCCAGGCGUUUACCAGCAGCAUCAGAAGAUUCAUGCACUAUUACCAAGCUGUCGUACAGAGGGCGCCGUCUUGUGAUGGAAAAUUGACAGUGUUGAUGAUUAGAGCUAUGUACGGCAAGAUGAUGAAGCAGCUGAGAUACUUGGCCAGUCUGUGUCGUUCCAACCAACGUCUGAGCACCAAGCCAGGUGACCCUGGGGAUUCAUUUCCCCUGGGUAUUCGUCUCCUAUCAUACCUCUAUGAGGAAGCACUGGACUGCAGUCUUCAAGAUAGAUACCAGCUUGUCUUAUCACUGCUUAGAAGUAGCUGCGGACCUUACUUAAUGUUUAUCCAGGACUGGGUCUUCCACGGAAUCUGUCGUGAUCUGUUUGGAGAAUUCUUGAUCAAAGUCAGUGAUGAAUAUCUACAUUAUAGAGAUAAACAUUACUGGACGCAGGGUUUUGUGCUGGCGUCUCGUAACACAGAGGACAGUGUACCUUUAUUCUUGAAGGAUCUCGCAUAUGACAUCUAUGUAUGCGGAAAAUCACUCAAUUUAAUCAGGCUUUGCUGUCCAGAGCAUUUUUUGUGUAACCCCGGCGUGUCCAUACCUCGGAUUAAUCUGACGUUUUCUGCUGAGGAGUUAGAGGAUUCUGCUGAGAGGACGAGAGUUUACGUCGGUCACAUGCGGGCCCUCGCAAGACAAAAAACAGUCUCAAGACGAGAAAAGGAGCUUUUGGAGUUGGAGACCAGGCGGGAGUUGAUGACCAAAGCCAGGAAAGCUGCAGCAGAUGAACUCAAGAAAAUAAUAGAUGCGAUGCAGGAACAGCGUGUUGCAGAAGACUCUAAGAAGAGAGAAGCGUUCAAGGAGUUUAAAGACCAAAUGCAGAGAGAUCUUGUGCGUCGGGCUUUUGCUGAAGAGACAGAGAAGCAAGAAGAUAUUGAAAGAAUUGAAGCAGUGACUAAGAGAGAGACAGGGGAGGCUAAAGCGCAGUAUGAUCUGGAACAGAAAGUCAGGGAAGAGUUGAUUGAGUACUACGCUGGCCUGACAGAGGAAGCCUCAGCUAGGGAGCAAAGAGCACUGUGGCGUGUUCGACGCCAUCAACUAGACCAGGCACGGGUGGAAUUCAUCCAGCAAGAGGAGACGAGACUCCAACAGGAGCUUGUGUUAAAACAACAAGGCAGUGUCCCACUCAGCGGCUCAGAGGACACAUUAAAGACUUCAGAGGUCGUUCAGGGGUCAGAGAGCGUAGCGGGUCAAUCGGUUGUGUCUGGAGGGACUGAAGAUCAGGAUGAUGGAAGACCUGAUGGGAGUCAGAUUCCUUCAGCCGUACCUGAACAGGAUGCCCAACAGGGCUCCCAAGUAUCGGAGAGAUCCUCGGAGAUGAAGCUAGCUACUGGUAGACAGCACUUGCCUACAGUCAAGCAAAUAGGAGAGCCAGAACCGGAGUUGCUGAUUUCAGUCGGAAGUGACUUCUUAGGAACAGGAGAACUUCCAAACCAAGACAUUGAGGCUACAUUGCAGAUGAUCGCUGGUGGAGGCAGUGGUGCUGAUCUUCAAGCUAAGGCUGAUGCUAAGAAUCCUACCACACAUCGCUACCUGAUUUCAGACUUUCUACCCAAGGAGCAUGUUGAGGAUGAUGGGUUAGAACAGGCGUCAUCGAUUGGUGCAGAUGUCGAUGAUGUCUUGAUCCAGAUCGGUUCAAGUCUACCAACAGAAGCUGAAAAUUCACAAGCUGCGCUGCCUCAAGACUCUCAUAUAAUAGAUGAAAUGCUUGGAGUCCCGACUGUCUCACCUUCCAUUGGACAUCCCUCCAAUUCAACUGUUGGUGGCAUUCUGUAUUCCCCUAAUACACCAGUGGAGCAGUCCGUUCCUGAAUCUUCAACUGCGCUUGGACAUCCAUCUGACUCUAAUUUGGGGGGAAGCGGUGAGGUGACUGGAGGGGACUUGAGAAAAGUGGUGAAGAGUACAUACGGGCACGCUGGGGACUCGUCACUAGGAGAUUUCCUCUAUCCUAAAGGAACUGAUUCUCAGGUCUUGGUAAACCCAUCUGGGCAAAUAGAUUCUUCUUCAAGUCAAAAACCUUCGCUACCAGUUGCCUUGUUGCCCUCUGCCCCUGUAACAUCAGUGGAAUCUCCUGUCUUAUUACCUUCAGAGGCUGGUAGCAGACCAUCGGACUUGAACUUGAGGGGUGGUCACAUUGCUAAAAGUGCAUUUGGACAUGCUGGUGAUUCUUCAUUAGGGGAUGCUCUGUACCCCAAAAGUGCCUUGUUGCCAUCCACCCCUGUAGCACCAGUGGAACCUCCUCUCUUAUCACCUUCAGAUGCAGAUAGCAGACCAUCCGACUUGAACUUGAGGGGUGGUCACAUUGCUAAAAGUGCAUUCGGACAUGUUGGGGAUUCAUCAUUAGGGGAUGUGCUGUACCCCAAAGAAAACCUGGGACAGGAUUCUAACUCCACGGAAAAUGUUUCUUCCACAGAAGCUAGUAACUUGGUCAAGGACCGGGCUAUCCUUGGUAUACCCACUACCGGGGCACACCCUAGCGAUUCACAUCUUGGGGAUAUGCUUUACCCUGCAGCUGUACAGCAACAAACCCACCAGACACCAGGGGCAUCAAAGGCGUCCAACACCUCACAGUCUGUCAGCCAAUCACAUUACAUUAAGCACAACAUCAUCUCUGGAGUCUCGCAGGUUGGAUCAAUAGAGGGCGCUGUUAUCUUUAGACCUCCGAUUGCCCAUUCCUCGGAUUCAUCCAUACAGUCAAUGCUCUACCCCGAUGAGAAAAACAUUGUUUAUAAGCAGUUGGGAGACGGCAGAGAAACCAAAAUGACAGUCGUGGCUCAUGGUCAUCACCCGUCGGACUCAACGGCACAGAGGUUCAUGUAUGGUGGGAUUGGUCAGCAGAAGGGAGGACAGACUAAGACAGAUGGUGGGGAGUCAACGGAGGAUCGGUCGGUUGUUGUCUGGUUGGCUGAGGGAGUUGAACCAUUGCAGGACAACUUUGAUAUUCUUGACAAGCCCCCAAUGCCUGACCUCUUAUCCAACACUGGCUUCAUGCCGUUAUCAACGGAGGUUGGAGACUAUGGUUUACAAGCGUUGGAGUCAGACAGUAUGGAAGCAGUGGAACACCAAUCACUUCCAAUCAUCAUGAAGAGAUCGGUUACAGCACCGCUGCUUGCUCAGAUCAGUUUAGUAAAUAAAGGAAUCUUGGACUACUUCAUAGUGGAGUUGGGGAUCGGCAAACACUUUGAGACACUCAGGAGUUUCCUCUUUCUUGAAGAUGGAGAAUUUGGACUCUCCCUCUGUGAUCAGCUAUUCGAUAAGCUUGCCCAAGGUAUGAGGCCUCCCGAGUUACUGACACCCAUGGUGCUGAACCAGCUUCUGGCAAGGGCCGUUCAGUACUCAACGAAUAGUGAAUCCAAGUACGCUAACAACCUUGGAUUUAGUCUAAAGUAUCUUCCACAUCACUUCAAGCCAAACGCUAUUGAUACCUUUGAUUGUUUGGAAUUACGAUACAAGGUUGAGUGGCCGUGUAAUAUCGUCAUCACAGAUACGUGUUUAGCCAAAUACAACAAGGUGUUCUCCUUCUUGGUGCAGCUGAAACGAACAUCUUGGGUCUUGAGAGAUAUUUACUUCCAUCUCAAGAGACAUGGUAUGGUGAACCAUGCUGGUAAUUCCCCCCAGUUCCGACAGUUGCAGCUAUUUAGGCAUGAGAUGCAGCACUUUGUGAACGUGAUGCAGGGAUAUGUCGUCAAUCAAAUCAUCCAUGUUACUUGGGAGGAAUUCCAGAGACAACUCAAGACUGAGGUUCACAAUCUGGAUGACCUUCAUCAGAAGCAUGCCGACUAUCUCAACAAAGCAGUGUUCAGGUGUCUCCUAAACAAGAAAGCUGCCCCCGUCAUGAAGAUUAUCACAGACAUCUUAUGUCUGAUUCUCAAGGUGCGCACACAGCUUGUCUCAGCAUCUUGGGUCUUUGAUAAGGAGAAGAAGCAAGCAUCUCAUCCUGGCUUCCACAACAUCAGGAUGUCUUUCCUUGCAUUUAAGGAGUACUCGGGAUUCCUCUAUAAAGUGGUUGCUAAGCUGGUUACCCGUGGUUACCAGCCCCACCUGGAGGAGUUUAUGUUGAGACUCAACUUCAAUGAUUUCUACCAAGAAACCUAAAAAGAGAAAUGAGAGAAACUGAAGACUCAAGAAGUUUAGAACUCCACAACUUUCCGUCUUUACAUCUGAAUAUUGGGUUUUUUUUAGGGGCAUACGCCUACAUCAUCUUCAACAAAGCUCCAAACUGACACUGGACUGUAGGCCUGAGGCCAGUGCUUUAAGCGUAGGGCCAGUAAACUCAAGACUGGAGAAGCCCUGCGGUUUUGUGGAUAUUGACAUCAAAAUCAGGCUCUGUUAAACAUUCAUGAUUUCAUUUUAUUCAAGAAUUAAUUGCAUAGGGUCUAAAGAAUAAUGUAUGAAAUGUAUUUAUUUUUUUGGUUAAACAUGUUAUGCUUGAUGAUUUCUGUUGCCAGAAGGCUACAUAAGUUGGAUUCAAACCCAUAACCUCUGGUAUUCUAGAGCACAUGCAUUAAAGGAUUUGGAUACUUUUUCUAACACAAAACACAAUGUCCACAGAUUUACAUUAAACUUAAU